AUGUCGACGGUCCUGAGCAAGGACAUCGUGCGCGCGUUGUCUGACGCGCGCUACGAUCGAAGGAAGCAUGCCGCGCUGGGCAUCGAGGCGUCCGUGCGGUCUCUGAGCGCGCAGGGGCGCACGGGGGAGAUCAACGAGCUCCUGCGGCGCCUCUGCGAUGAGUUCGCGUUCUCGCCUCUGUCGAACAACAGAAAGGGAGGCCUCAUCGGCCUCGCAGCCCUCGCAGUGGGCCUUGGCCCCGCCAUAGACGCGGUGCUGCCGACCCUAGUGCCUGCCGUCCUCCAGAGCUUCAACGACCAGGACCAGCGCGUGCGGUACUACGCAUGCGAGGCCCUGUACAACAUCUGCAAGAUCGCGCGCGGCCACUGCACCGCCUACUUCGAGUCGCUCUUCGACGCCCUCUGCAAGCUGUGCGCAGACACGGACCCGAGCGUGCGCAACGCCGCGCAGCUCCUCGACCGCCUGUUGAAGGACGUCGUCGCCGAGGAGGCAACCUCCGAGAAGUUGUCGCGCGAAUUCCUGCCGGAGCUGAUCCCCGUGCUCAAGGAACGCAUGGCCGCGCCGAGCCCGUACGUGCGGCAGCUCCUCGUGUCCUGGCUCGCGCUCCUCGACACGCUGCCGGAGCUGCAGCUCGUGCAGUAUCUUCCAGACUUGCUCGACCCGCUCCUGGGGAUGCUGGACUCGGACGCGACCGAGAUACGGUCGUCCGCGUCGCAGGCGCUCGCGGACUUCCUCGAGGAGAUCAAGACCGGCGGCGAGGUCGACGUGCGUGCGCUGGCGCACAUUCUGGGGCGGUGGUCGUCGCACCCCGGCGCGUGCAGCGAGUCGGUGCUGCUCACGACCCUGCGGUGGCAGACGGUGCUGCUCGACGUGCACCUGCGCGCCGUUGCGCCGUGCUUCCCGGCGACGGUCCGCACGGCGCUCCUCUCGGUGAGCAGCCCGAACGUCGGCAUCGCGGAGGCGGCGCGGGCGCUGAACGACGCCCUCAUGCGCAACAUGCCGGGGGGAGUCCGCGGGGAGGUAGAAACGGACGCGAUCCUGGCGGCCGUGGCGGAGACGCUCGAGAGCCCGCGGCCCGCGACCGCGCUCGCGUCGCUGCGGUGGCUCAGGGCGAUGCUCGACAGCCCGUCGCGCGACGCGGUCGUCGCGAGCGCGCAGACGUUCGUGCCCAGCCUGGCGCGUACGGUGACGGAGGCGGCGCCGGAGGUGGUCGCGGCGGCGCUCGACGUGAUGAACGCCAUGGCGGGAGACAUGGAGCACUUCCACCUCCUGCUCACGCACCUCAUGGACUCCUUCCGCGGCCCGGACGGGAUGCGGCGGCUGCAGCAGCAGGGUUCAGGCACCAUCCGGAAGCUGUGCGCGCACCUGGGAGCGGAGCGCGUGAUGUGCAAGCUCGCAGUGCUCCUGGAACACGAGCCGGACACAGAAUUCGCCGGCACGGUCGUCCAGACGCUCGGCCUCAUCCUGCUGACGGCUCCAGAGCUCGCUGAGAUGCGCAGCAAGCUCAAAACGCAGCGGCAAGUGAUCCUGCGCGGGGAGGUGCCGGAGCUCCUCCCGCGGCUCUUCUCGUGCUGGUGCCACAGCCCCGGCGCGGUGCUGUCUCUGUGUCUACUUGCGGAGCACUACAAGCUCGCCGAGGCGCUGCUGUGCGUCUUCGAGCGCGUCGAGGUGCACGUCGACAUCCUCGUGCAGCUCGACCGCCUCGUCAUGCUCCUGGAGACCCCUGUUUUCACUCCCCUCCGACUCCACCUCCUGCGGCCCGCGGAACACCCCUCCCUGGUCCGCGCGCUGUACUCCCUCGUCAUGCUCCUCCCGCAGUCCGACGCGUUCUCCCUCCUCUCGCGCCGCCUCGCCGCCGCCCCGAUCCAGAGCCUGCUGCACCUCGACUCGCUCCAGCUGCGAGACAGGAACACCGACGCCGCUGUGCAAUUCGCCACCCCGAUCGGGGACGCGGACGCGAGGACGCCCGCGAAGACGCCCGGCGCGGCAGGGAAGAAGGACGAGUGGGAAGAGCGGAUAAGGGAGCUCGUGAAGGUUUUUGAAGACCGGCUGUCCGUGCAAGUCGUGCACGCGCGCCAACGGCCCUUGUAG